AUGUCGCCUCUUGUUACAGGUGUUAGUCUCGACAACGAUGGGCUGAGGGUUAGGGUCCGGCCCAGCUCCCCUGCCUCUGGCCCCGCCAUCCAAGCUGGUCCCCACAGUGCUGCCCAGCUGCCACACGGGAUGACGAUGAGCCAGAGGCAGCUCCAUGAAGACGCCGCGGCACGACCCAACCGACCCCGACUGACCACCCGACGAUUGGAGCGAGGGAACGACGACAAAGCCGCACGAUCCCCCCAACCCUCCAUUCUUUCUACCGCCCUCACCGAGCCGGAUUGA